UACUUACCCGUUUUCUCUUUUUCUUUUUUCGACCCAGACUCAAGCAAAGAACAAAAGGCGGAUAUUGUCAAGAUGUCCACCCCCGUCUGCUUCCUGCUGCUCCUGCUGGCGGCCGUGGCUGCUGCUGGUGACGGCCGGUGUCCGGAAAGCGACCAGAUCCACUGCGCCGAGAACGACCGGUGCACGAGGAUGAGGUACGUCUGCGACGGCGACAACGACUGCGGCGACGGAUCGGACGAGGAAUCCGACCUGUGCAGCGCUUGGCUUAACGAUGACUGCAGCCGCAACGAGGUCCGCUGCUACAGAUUCGGCUCCUCCGACUGCAUCCCCAUCACCCGGUACUGUGCCGCUACCGACCCGCCCUGCGAGGGAGACCUGGACCCCCGCAUCUGCCAGAUGGUUAAGGACGAGCUGCUUCAAGACCUGGACUCCGUCGUGGUGGCCAGGAACAUCGCCCCUUCUGGUGAGGAGAGUCUGGAUGAGCUUGGAAAGGCCGAGGCGCUGGGGGAGGAGUUCGACGCCCAGCUGCCUCAUACUCUGAAACAUGAGGAGUGCCCACAGCUCUUCACCCGCGUCGGGGGGGCUUGCGUUUCCAUCUUCUACCCAGGAAACGUGACUUGGGGGGAAGCUCACCAGUUCUGCCACGCCAUUGGGGGAGAGCUUUUGGCCCUCAACCGUGACUACACCUUCUACGCUACCCUCGUCCAGCACCUUAAGCAGUACCAGUUGACGGCUGACUUCUGGCUGGGCGGCAUCCGUCAUAACGAGACCACCUCAUGGACCUGGCUGGACCGCUCACCCAUCGACGUCAGUUCCCCCUACUGGGCCAUCAGAUACUCCGAGGCUUGCACCAACCGCCUAGUGGAGAGCCUUGUAGGGAACAGCACCCGCAUUGCCAACCAGGGUCACUGUUACCACUUCACCCGCGCCCCCGCCGACCCCAUGAAUGGACAGUGCCUCGCCUUGACCUACGAGAGCUACUUCCAGAUGAAUGAUGCUGACUGCCUCUCCACCAAGUCCCCGCUGUGCAUCAUGGAGAAGGCACAGGAUUAAGGAUCGUUCCCCUUCACCGUCUCUUGAGAGAAGGAUCGGAGUUGAGCACAGGGGCAAUGAUCCCUUACACCACCACCACCACCACCACCGGCAUCACUAAUAAGGUUCAACGAUUUUGUUACUGAUCUUGUUUUUGUGAUUUGCUGAGUA